AACUUUUGAAUUCGCGAGGGUUACGUUUUCUGCUUCUAAACGUGGAACUAAACCCUGUCUCUCGGUAUCUCUCUCACCGUGAUUCGUAACAAACGCUGCAUCAUCAGAAUCGUUAUACGUCGCGGUGGCUCCAUUGGGGUUAGUUUCUUCCCUUCAAUCUCUCACCUUCAUGUUGAAAACAUUCAAAUCCCCAACCAAUGUGAGUAGGGUCACGCUAAUUCGCUUCAAAAUCCCUUUUUUCCCACUUUGCACAACUGCCCCGGGCAGCAAUUUGAAUGAUAAUGAAUGUGAGAGUAGUGAUGCUGAGACAGAAUGGGAGAGAUUGCUCAAACCCUUUGACCUCAAACAGCUUAGAAGGUCACUCGCCCCAAUUAGCCCUUUUCAGCUUUGUAAAUUGCUGGUGCUUCCUCUUGACAUUCCCACUUCAAUGGAGCUGUUUCAAAGGGCUGGUGCCCAAAAGGGGUAUUGCCACACCUUUGAUGCCUACUAUCUCUUAAUUGAUAAGCUUGGGGCUGUUGGGGACUUCAAAAUUGUUGAAAACUUGUUGAAGCAAAUGAAAGAUGAAGGAGUUGUGUUUAAGGAAUCACUCUUUAUUUUGAUCAUGAAGCAUUAUGGGAAGGCAGGGUUGCCUGGCCAGGCAACUAGGCUUUUGUUGGACAUGUGGGGUGUUUAUUCCUGUGACCCCACUUUUAAGUCCUAUAAUGUUGUGUUGCAGAUUCUUGUUGAUGGGAAUUGUCCUAGGGUGGCACCUAAUGUUUUUUAUGACAUGUUGAGUAGAGGUGUUUCUCCCACCGUGCAUACCUUUGGUUUGGUCAUGAAAGCCUUGUGUGUGGUUAAUGAAGUUGAUUCGGCUUGCUCGCUUCUCAGGGACAUGGCGAAGCACGGGUGUGUUCCAAAUUCGGUCAUUUAUCAGACCCUGAUUCAUGCUCUUUGUGAAAACAAUAGAGUGAGUGAAGCGAUGCGGCUUUUGGAGGACAUGUUUCUGAUGUGCUGUGAGCCUGAUGUUCAGACCUUCAAUGAUGUCAUCCGUGGCCUUUGCAGGGCUGGUCGGAUUCACGAGGCAGCAAAGUUGCUUGAUCGAAUGCUUCUUCGAGGUUUCGGCGCCGAUGCUCUCACUUAUGGAUAUUUAAUGCAUGGGUUGUGCAGAAUGGGGCAAGUUGAUGAAGCAAGGACCUUACUGAACAAAAUUCCCAGUCCCAACACUGUGCUCUAUAAUACAUUAAUCAAUGGAUAUGUUUCUAGUGGAAGGUUUGAAGAAGCCAAGGAUGUUCUGUACAAUAGCAUGGUAACUGCGGGUUAUGAACCUGAUGCUUACACGUUUAACAUAAUGAUAGAUGGACUAUGCAAGAAAGGGUAUUUGGUUUCGGCCCUUGAAUUUUUAUCUGAGGUGGUAGCAAAAGGCUUUGAGCCCAAUGUGAUCACGUACACCAUAUUGAUAAAUGGUUUCUGCAAGCAAGGCAGAUUAGAGGAAGUGGCUGAAAUUUUGAAUAGCAUGUCUGCCAAGGGUCUGAGUCUGACUACAGUAGGGUACAAUUGCUUGAUCUGUGCACUGUCAAAGGAUGGGAAGAUUAAAGAAGCUUUGCAACUGUUUUGCGAAAUGUCAACCAAAGGAUGUAAACCUGACAUUUAUACAUUUAAUUCUUUAAUACAUGGACUGUGCAUGAAUGAUAAGAUGGAACAGGCCUUGAGUUUGUAUCAUGACAUGUUCUUGGAGGGUGUCAUUGCUAACACAGUAACGUACAAUACGUUGAUUAGUGCUCUUCUUAUGAGAGAUUCAGUUCAACAAGCAUUUAAGCUUGUUGAUGAAAUGCUAUUUAGAGGGUGUCCUCUAGACAGUAUUACGUAUAAUGGCCUUAUUAAAGUUCUCUGUAAAACUGGGUCAGUUGAAAAAGGAUUGGGAUUGUUUGAAGAAAUGCUUGGGAAAGGAAUUUUUCCAACCAUUAUAACUUGCAAUAUUUUGAUCAGUGCCUUGUGUAAAACUGGAAAAGUAAAUGAUGCUCUUAAAUUUCUUCGGGAUAUGAUUCAUCGUGGUUUGACGCCAAAUAUAGUCAGUUAUAACUGCCUGAUCAAUGGUCUUUGUAAGAUGGGUCAUGUUCAAGAGGCACUAAACAUUUUUAAUAGGUUACAAGGUGAAGGAAUUUGUCCUGAUGAUAUUACAUAUAACACACUUAUCAGUAGACACUGUCAUGAGGAUAUGUUUAAUGAGGCGUGUCUGCUUUUAUAUAGAGGUGUAGAUAAUGGGUUCAUUCCCAAUGAAAUCACUUGGUCAAUACUGAUAAACUAUUUUGUAAAAAAAAUACCACGGGGAGCAAGACUUUCUAAGGAUUACAUGGUAGAAUUUGGAGCUUCUUCUUCUGAACACUUCCUGGUGGGGGUGAAUUUCAGGGUUGGUGGUUGGUUGUUCCCAUGGACUAGCUUGAAUUAUAGGGACAAGGGAAGUGGCGCGUUUGAGUUUGGGACAUUUGAUUUUCCAGAGGAGAAUGAAGCACCAACAGAUGUUGAAGAAACAUUUACAUUUGACAAUUUUACAGGGAGUUUGAGAGCAAUAUGUGGUCACAGACUUUCUACAUCUGGCAAUUCCUGCGAUAAUUAUGUGAGCCAAGAAGAGUUGGGAAGUUCCAGAAAUAGCAUGGCAUCAAUGGGGGAUUUUUCAAUAGUAGGACAUUCUUCCUUAAUCCAUGUGAGAAGCACCCUUCUUCUUCUUCUUCUUCUUGAUUUUGAGAUGAAUCGUGCACUGCUUCCGAAGCACGUUGCGGCGGUGGUGAAAGCCCAAAAGGACCCUCUGAAAGCGCUGGAAAUGUUCAACUCGGCGAAAAAGGAGUCUGGCUUCAAGCACACGCUGCUAACGUACAAGUGCAUGGUACAGAAGCUGGGCCAUCACGGCGAGUUCGAGAAGAUGGAGAAGGUGCUUUCGGAAAUGAGAGAGUGCGUCAACAACGCGCUUCUGGAAGGCGCGUACAUCGAGGCCAUGAAAAACUACGGUAGGAAGGGGAAGGUUCAGGAAGCAGUGGACACCUUCGAACGCAUGGACUUCUACAACUGCGACCCCUCCGUUCACUCCUACAACGCCAUCAUGAACAUUCUGGUGGAGUACGGUUACCAUGAGCAAGCCCACAAAGUGUACAUGAGGAUGAGGGACAGAGGGGUGGAAUCUGAUGUGUACACCUACACCGUAAGGAUCAAGUCCUUCUGCAGAACUUCCAGGCCUCACGCUGCUCUCAGACUCCUUCGUAACAUGCCUGAACUUGGGUGUGAUUCCAAUGCUGUCGCCUACUGCACUGUCGUUGCUGGGCUGUAUGAUUCUGGUGACCAUGCUCAUGCGCGUGUUCUGUUUGAUGAAAUGCUUGCGCGGUGUUUGUGUCCCGAUGUUGUCACGUUUAAUAAGCUUUUGCAUGUGCUUUGUAAAAAGGGUCUUGUUUCUGAAAGUGAGCAGCUUCUCGGCAAGGCUUUGAAGAGGGGAGUUUGUCCUAAUUUGUUCACCUUUAAUAUUUUUGUUCAAGGGCUUUGUAGGGAAGGGGCUGUUGACCGUGCUGUUAGGUUGUUGGAUAGUGUGUUGAGGGAGGGAUUGAGUCUUGAUGUCGUCACUUAUAAUAUAUUGAUAUGUGGUCUGUGUAGGAAUUCGUGGGUUGUGGAGGCAGAGGGUUACUUGCGGAAAAUGGUGAAUGAUGGAUUUGAGCCUGAUGCUUUUACUUAUAAUAGUAUUAUUGAUGGGUACUGCAAGAAGGGGAUGGUGCAAUGUGCGAAUAGGGUACUGAAGGAUGCAAUUUUUAGGGGUUUUAAACCUGAUGAGUUUACUUAUUGUUCCCUAAUUAAUGGGUUUUGCCGGGACGAUGAUCCUGAUCAAGCCAUGGCGGUCUUUAAGGAUGGACUGGGAAAAGGUUUGAGGCCGAGCGUUGUUGUUUACAAUACCUUGAUUAAAGGGUUGUCUCAGCAGGGUCUUAUUUUGCCAGCUUUGCAAUUGAUGAAUGAGAUGUCGGAAAAUGGUUGUCAACCCAAUAUAUGGACUUAUAAUUUAGUUAUAAAUGGCUUGUGCAAGAUGGGUUGUGUGUCUGAUGCUAAUCAUCUUGUAGAUGAUGCUAUUGCCAAAGGGUGCCUCCCGGACAUAUUUACCUAUAAUACUUUGAUCGAUGGCUAUUGUAAACAGAUGAAGUUAGACAAUGCAACUGAGGUAGUAAAUAGAAUGUGGAGUCUGGGCAUGACUCCCGAUGUUAUCACAUACAACACUUUGCUGAAUGGGCUUUGCAAGGCUGGAAAAUCUGAAGAAGUAAUGGAGAUUUUCAAAGCUAUGGAGGAGAAGGGAUGUGCUCCUAACAUAGUUACGUAUAACAUUAUUGUAGAGAGCCUUUGUAAAGCUAAGAAAGUAUUUGAAGCUGUAGAUUUGCUUGGGGAAAUGAAAAGCAAGGGUUUGAAACCUGAUGUUGUUAGUUUUGGCACAUUGAUCACUGGGUUCUGUAAGAUUGGGGAUCUAGAUGGUGCUUACAGGUUAUUUAGAAGGAUGGAGAAACAAUACGAUGUUUGCCAUACAACAGCAACAUAUAACAUCAUAGUCAGUGCAUUUUCUGAACAACUCAACAUGAAUAUGGCCAUGAAGCUCUUCUCUAAGAUGAAGGGCAAUGGCUGUGACCCAGACAACUAUACCUAUCGGGUUAUCAUAGAUGGCUUUUGCAAAAUGGGAAAUAUUUCUCUAGGAUACAAUUUUCUUUUGGAAAAUAUUGAAAAGGGGUUUAUACCGUCAUUGACAACAUUUGGACGGGUUUUAAAUUGUCUGUGUGCAGAGGACAAGGUUCCAGAAGCAGUUAGUAUCAUCCACUGUAUGUUACAAAAGGGCAUCAUUCCAAAUACUGUAAAUACAAUUUUUGAAGCUGAUAAAAAGGUGGUAGCGGCGCCUAAGAUUCUUGUAGAAGAUUUGUUGAAAAAGGGUCACAUAACUUAUCACACUUACGAACUACUCUAUGAUGGUAUUAGAGAUAAAAAGAUACCCAAGAAAAGACUCAAAACUGCGAAUUCUCUUCAUCAAGGGGCCAGGUGACCAGCUGUUGAUUUGAAGAUAAUAUCUUUUGAAAGUAAUCAUUCAUGACUCUGCCCAUGGAUAAUAUCUUUGGGAAGUAAUCAUUCAUGACCCUCUGCUCAGUUCUAACUUGCAAAGGUUGCCGCUUCAACCAACAGGGAAGUAGAUGCACAUAUUCCUAAUUACUCUAACUUACCACGGCAACUUAUCUGUUUGCUUGAAUAAGUGGCAGUGGAUAAAAUAAAUAGUUCAGAACUUCAGAUUAAAUCUACAUCUGGAACAUUUUUAUGGACUUGCACUCCGAACCUUUAAAUCAUGCAUCUUAAUGCUGAAGCAGAAGUAUAUGUGCAAGUGACUGCAACCUCUAAGUCCUGUACUUUUCUAUUAUUUGCCACCUUGAUCUAUUUUUAUUUUUAAUUUUUGUAGCAUAUGUUGACAUUAUUGAUUUUGUAGCAAGAGCAAAAGGUUUCUGCAUGCCGAAUUGAGCAAUCCCGGCAAACAACCAACCGAUACUCAUGCAAAGCAUUUUCCUCGAAGAGCUUCUGAAAAAGUCUUCCCCUCCUUAUGUAAGUCAUAUUAACUUAGUGAUAUUGUCUGUUAUAUGUUUCUUUAAUUUGUUUCUCAGGAUUACUCACAGCAGCCUCCUGCUCGAGAACUAAUAGCCAGAGAUGUUCAUGAUAAUGAAUGGAAAUUUGCACAUAUUUCAAGGGGUUGUGAACAAUGUGUGGCACAUAAAAUACUAUUUCCACUAGAAGUGCAAAUUGGGAAAGGUGUUGGUCCUUCUACUUCUGUCCCAGGUCACAAACUUUCUACCUCUGGCAACUCUUGUGAUAAUUAUGUGAGUCAACAAGAGUUGAGAAGUUCUAGAAAUGGCAUGGCAUCAAUGGAGUCUUUUCACUACUAGGACAUUCUCCCGUGUAAGGAAUGUUAGUUGAAAAAUUGUGGUGGUAGAAUUCUAUGCUACAAAGUUUAUUGUGUAUGAAUUUGUCCAGCAAUCUUGUACUUCACAUUAAUGGUUGAGAUAUAGUGAUUUUGCAAGGUCUUUAUAUAGAUCAACAGCAAAUGACUGUAAAUUAUAAUAGGUGACUUUGUUUCUGUAAUGGUUUGUUGCUUAUAGCAAGUAUUAAUUAUCAUCUCUUAUUUAGUUCUUGCAA